AUGGCAAGUGGUGGCAUAUUAAGAAAUGAAGUCAUCUGGAAUAGCACUGCUAAUCUGACUGGAAAACCUGGACACAAUAUAGCCCUGGAUCUUGUGAAUGAAUUCCUGAAUAAUGAAUUCAAAUCAAACCUGAAGAAUUGUCAUGGGCAAUACACAGAUGCGCAGGUGUCAAGAUGCAGCCAUCAAGUAGGGAGUGUUGGCAAGUCUAUUGAAGACAUUUUCCAAUCUGAUAUAAUUCAGGAUUAUAUCCCCAAGGCAACGACAACAGAUGGUUCCUCUAAACCUAAAAUUAAGAAAUUUAUUGAUGAAUACAGUGGAGAGAAUUUGUUUGAAGAUGUUGGUGAAAGACAUCACACAGGAUUUGAAAAUUUUGAGCACAAAAUAGGGGUGAACAAUCCAGAAAAGUUAAAAGCGAGGAUGCAAAAAUAUGGUAAAAGUUUGGAAAAUGAGGAAUACAUAUUCAAAAACAUAUAAUUUUGAGAUCAAACACAGUCAAUAUGCA